GUAGAAUUUUCCGGUUGCUCUUGAAGGCACCGUCUGCUCUUAUUCCUCCUCCCCGUGUGGAGCCGUCACAGCUGAUCCGAGGAACGCUUCAGGGAACAUCACAGCUGUGAAACAUGGCGGCCAAAAAGGCUCUGAAGAAAUGUCUGCAGAAACUCUCCAGCAAAGAGUUCAAGGAAUUCACUGACAGUCUGCUGGACCGAGAAGGAGAGCCGCGUGUUUACAAGAACCAGAUCGAGGGCAAGGAUUACAUGGAGGUCACCAAUGUGAUGGUGAACGUGUUCUCUGAGAAGAACGUCCUGAGCGUGGCUGCAGAGGUUCUCCGAGAUGCAAAUCUGGAAGGAUUAGCAGACGAGCUGGGUGCUGCUGCUCCUCCACCUGCAGGCGUCAAAGUUGUGGCAGGCCCGACCUCAGCAAGCCCCGCCCCCUCAGCAUCUGGAUCUCUCUCUGAAAAAGAGUUUGUGGAUAAAUACAGGGCGGAGUUGGCCAAGAAGCUGACCGACACCAAUCCUCUGUUGGACCUGCUCUGCAGUAAAAAAGUGCUCAACGAUAAUUCCUACGCUGAGAUCAAAGCUCUGCCCACCGAUAACCAGAGGAUGAGUAAACUGCUGUUCGGGUCGUAUGUGAAGAGCGCCCCCACCUGCAGCAUCCUCUUCAAUUAUCUGAAAGACGAGCAGCCGUUUCUGGUUGAAGAGCUGUUAGAAAGCUAAACACAAUCUAAAAGAGUUCAUGGAUUUUCUUUUAUCUGGUUUAUGAGACCAACAUGUAUCUUCAUGGAUUUUCAGUGCAAACGUAAUAAUCUGUUUUAUCAAUGCUACGUUUACACCGUCAUACCUGUUCAGUCAGACUCAGAUUUUCUGUCUUCAUUCAACUCUUUGGAAUUUGAAUUAAAUUCUUGACUUCUUGUGGA